GCGAGCAAUUGUUUAUCAGCCGAGUGCAUAGUCCGUACUUCUACGAAGUGACGUAUCUUGUCAGAAUUGUUCGUGUUCCAUCCACGCCGAGGUCUCCAUAUAACUAAGCAUAAUGGACAGCACAGUUACGACACUGUUAACAGUAAUAUUAUUAUUGGCUAUACAAAAUGUGGACAGCUAUGGCGAUAAAGGAAAGCGCGAUGGUCUACAUUGUCCACCAUGCGACCGCAUGCUCUGCAAGCCCAGGAAGCCGAGUCGGCUAGAAAACAAGUGUCGAGGAGGUGUGACAACGGGAACAUGCGAUUGCUGCCCAGCGUGUGCAAGCGUGGAAGGAGAAAGCUGUGGUGGCAAGUGGGGAAGUUUAGGAAAGUGCGACUUCGGACUGGAGUGUGUGAAACCAGCAAAUCCUAAUAUUCCGCCUGGAUAUUAUAAUCCGCUUCCUGGAGUGUGUCGGUCAAGAACGGACUCGACAGUGAUAGUGUCUGACGAUCCAAGUUUAUGCAGACCAAAAUGUACGUCAGAAUUUUGCGGAAAGAAUCCUCGGGCAGUGUGCUCAGCAACGGAGAAUGCUAAUGAAAAAAGAGACUGUCAAGGUUACUGUCAGCAUACAUCAUGUCGAGCAUGUCGAUUUAUUGAUCCGACUCCGGAAUGCACCAAAUGUGCCAAAGAUGACGAGGACUGCAUCAUGAAAUUUGGAAGAUGUGUUCGAAAAAAUGUCUGUUCCAAAGACAAGUAUCCAUGCAAAUCAUCGGGGAGAUAUGAAAGUGGCAGUUUUCAGUGCAUGGUGCCUGAAUGUUUAUAG